AUGCGGAUUAACAUUAUCUCUUUGGUGGCUCUGGCUGCUACAGCUGCAGGUCUCACUGUCACCUCGCCACGGAUGGGUGAAAGGAUUGAUCCCGAUAUGCCCCUUACUAUCAAGUGGCAGUCUGUCUCAACGGAUCCAGAGACCUUUAGCAUCGAACUGGUCAAUCAAAAUGUCUACCCUCCGACCACAACCAUUGUGGCAGAAGAUAUAGACUCUUCCAAGGGCUCCUACACUGUCAAUGCAAAGACGUUCACGGACGUAGAUGAUGGGAAGGGAUAUCAGAUCAACUUCCUCUCUCCGACCAGUGGCAUUCUGGCUCAGUCUCAGCAAUUCCGAGUCACUGAGCCUGGUGAAAUUGCUAGUGCUAGUGCUAGUAGCUCUGGUAAGGAAACCAGCUCUGCGCUUGAAACUUCGUCUGCCUCGUCUGCCUCUGUGAUUUCUUCCGCGACUAGUGAUCUUACUUCUUCGAUUCCUUCUUCCUCGACUGCUUCCUCUUACCUGUCUUCGACCGCUACUCACUCCUCCAUCAGUGCGUCUACCACUACCUCGUCCUAUUAUUCUACUGCUUCAUCUUCUAUUUCUACCCCUACAACAUCUUCUUUCAUAAGCUCUUCUGCAAUCUCUUCUACACCUACACUUGCAACUUCUUCCUCGGUCUCUUCUACACCUACACUUGCAACUUCUUCCUCGGUCUCUUCUAUAUCUACACCCUCAACUUCUUUCACUACAUCAACUUCAUCCUCUAUUAUAUCCACCUCUGCUACCCCGACUACUUCUACUUCCAUAUCUUCUAUCUCAACUACUACAUCCACCCAUCUUCGUACCUCGACUUUCACAUCAAGCACUAUUUCCUCUACCACAUCUCCUUCUACCCUCAUCUCCACUACCCCUGAAUCGACCUCAACUUCAAUGACUUCCUCCAGCCUGUCCGCCGCAACCCAUUCGAGCACUACUUCGACCACCACUCGCAAGUCGACUUCGUCCACGACCUCGAGUGCUACGGAGUCAGCCACUACCUCAAACGCUGCUGCCGUCCUCAUGCCCCCUGCAGGCAGUCUGCUUCUUGGUCUGUUCGCUCUGGUCCUUUAG